CCAUAUGGCGAGCGAAAGAAAAUGGUCGACAGACAGCGAUUGUGCGCACGCGCAGUUCCAGUGAGUUGAGGGUCGGCAGACAGGGAGUGGGUGACAUGCGCGGAUUUUGUAGAAAACGCAAAGAAUCAUGAAUCGCGGCUCUAGCCGCAGUUUGUUGCAGCGGAGGUGCUUCAUAACGGGAAAACCCCGCGAUGACUGCUGAGUUCCCGCGGUCCUUAGGGCAUCCCGGACGGGCUGCGAUUUGCCCUGCUUCCAGGAGCUGACCUAGCGCGGUACGGAUGUCUGUCUCCCGGUUAACGGGGUUGGUGAAACCGGCACGCGGUAGUUAGCCUGGUAACGGGCCUCAGCAUGAGCCAAGUCCAGACUGUCUAUCGGGAGAUCCCACCUAUCACGUUGCAACUGCCUGAGGAGAGCACCACUGCCAGGCUGUACUGCAGUGCUGCAGACGGGAUGGAGGCCCGGAUAUCUGCCUUGGUGGAGGUCUUCUUGGUCAAGGUGUAUCGCUGCAGGGCUUGUCAAUUUACCAGCAGUCUGAAGGGCAGGAUCACCACACAUGUGACUGAGAGGCAUGACCGGGGACAUCCCUGCCCCCCCCUGACCUGCCUGGACCGGGAUGAGGGCGACAGCCUGGACGUGAAGGUGGGGGUUGCAGAGGACGAUCUGGAUAGCUGCACUUCGGCAUACGACCUGGAGGACGAGCUGCACUCUGCUGCAAAGGAACGCGAUGAGCACAUGGCCUUGGACCGUUUGCCUUUUCUGAUGCCUGUCUACAGCAUGCUGCAGAACAUCAGUCCCAGGUCAUGUGACGUGAGCCUGGGCCCCGGCGCCGAAGUCGCCCACACGUGUGAGGUGAGCACUCUUUUUGAGGAGGAUGAAGAGGAGAGCUCAGGAGAGGAGGCAGCCCGCUUCCACUUGGAAGACAGCAGCGCGGUUGAGCUGCCCGAACCCCUGUCCUGUUCCAUGGGGUCAGUCAGCCCCGAGGCUCAGGAUCAGGAGGCCCAGUCGGCUCACCUCAUGUCCUUGGGGCUGUACAGGAUCUCCAGCAUCAAGUGUCACCCUCCGGCAGGAGCCCCAGAGUCCAGGGCAAUCUCAGUGCAGCUGGGUCAAGACGGCUCAGAGUCUGCCCCUGACGAAAAAGUCUCAGUGCCAGGAAAAGCUGCAGAGGACCCCGUACUGUCAUGCAUCCCUACACAGAACCUCAAGGGCCGCAGAGGUGAGCAAGGCCUCACUCCCUCCUUGUCUGGACGGGCAGCAGAACAGUAUUCAGAGACGGAGUGUCACUGGAGGGGACAUAGUAAGCCCGGCCGGGUCCGCGCCGGCAUCCCACAGGAUUUCCAGCAGCAGCGCCGCCGUGGAUCUGGCCCAGCCUUGGCCCAGUGCGCGCGCUGCCUGGCCUGGUGCCGCUCCGAGCGGGAGUUUGAGCAGCACGACCGCUGUCAUGUCCAGGGCGGGUUCCGGUGCCUUCACUGCAGCUUCACAGACGAGGCUUGGGACGAGGUCCACAAACACAUCGUCAGUCAGCAUGAAGGUCCGGAGGCGGCGCAGCAGGACGGCGUUGGAAGCCAGUCACCCCCGCCUCACGACCCUUCUGAGCGGGAACAGGAAAGGGGGAGGAAGAGGGUGAAGAGGAGGCGGCGGAGGCAGCGGGAAGGGAGGAAAGUCAGGGGGGUGAGGGAUUUCUACUGCCCUUUGUGUGACAGAAAGUUCAGCACUAAGUUAACCCUGCACCGGCAUAUGGGCAUCCACCAGGGGGCAAAGCCCUUUGGCUGCCCGCACUGCCCCUACAGCUCCCGCCUCAAGGCCUCCCUGGUUCAGCACCUUCGCGUGCACACAGGUGAGAAGCCAUUCCAGUGCAGCCGCUGCUCCUACGCAUCCAUCGACCGCAGUUCCCUGCUGAGGCACUCACGCAGACACACGCAGGAGAGGCCGCACCGCUGCCAGCACUGCCCCUACAGCAGCAUCCAGAAGAAGAGCCUGGACCUGCACGUGCGCCGCUACCACACGGGGGAGUCCUUCCCCUGCCCCCAGUGCUGCUACUCGACUCCGGACAGGCAGCUCCUGCUGCGUCACGUGCGGAAGCAGCACGCCUCCAAGUCUCCCCCGCCACCCGCCCGCCCCCGCCGUCCGCGGAUCGCUGCAGGAGGCCUGCCCCCGGCCUGAAAUAACACCUCCCCAGCUUACUGACGCCCAAGAGAAGCGCGUGAAUGUUUAUCAUCAUCAGUGUCCAUACACCACAGGUUGUAUGGAUGAGUGUGAAAUAUGUGAGCCUUAAUACUCCGCCGUGUUCUGGAAGGAGGCUCCACAAUAAUGCAUAUAAAGCUUUAAAGCUCAUUAUUUCUUUCUCAGGUCAUGUUUAAUUGUUCUUUUUUCAUCAUAGGUUAUGCGGUAAGAGGUGUGUUCAGCGACUGCACUUUUUAGUUGAAUAGACGUGUGCAGCAUUGAGGUUUUUUUUUGUAUUUUUUUUUGUAAAAAAUAAAGUUUUAGAACCAGUUUUUUGUAGAGUAAGUAAUACUAAAUGACGACCCACCUAGAAUGCAUACAUGAAGGAAUGCCUUGGAUUGAGGUUCCUGGUUUAACCUGUUGAAGGCAUGCAGCCGUUUACAGACUUUCAGGAAACUGUGCAGUCCCCUAAUGGUGGGGAACAGCAGAGUUUACAGAAAAAAAAAGGAUGGAUGGAUGUAUAGAUGAAGGAAAAGCAAAAGGCACAGAUCACAGAAGCGUAGGAAACAUUCGGUGGAAAGGCGCGUCGCCAUAAAGGAGCGCGUCACUGUCCGCACCUCCAGGGAUACCCAGGUGUGGGUCUGGGGGUUUUUUUCACAGGAGCUCAGCAAACAUCAACCUCAAGCUCCUUCGCUCUCCGUAUGAAUGUAAGAAUGUCUUAAAACCUCAAACACAGGAAUGAGAAACGAGAAACUGCUGCGCCAGAAAUAUUAAAAUUGCCUUAGUCGGUUGACUUGGAAGUCUGUUCAAUGGCUGAUGUGGUUGGCAGGAAAACAGAAGCUGGGCCCAAUUUGCUGAAUGUACAAAAUAUAUGCAACCAAAUUUUAGGAAAGAAUGGGCCAGAAAUGGGAAGGGGCACCGUACUGUGGAAAUACUGCGUAAGGCGAGCUUGGUCAGCAACACACUCAACAGGCCUGUGUGGGCCUGGCUGCCCACUACGCAUUCCAGUAACUCCCAGUAUGACUGCUGCAGCUGUUUCGCUGCAUCAUCGCUGCUAUGGACUUCAGGCUGCUUGAUGAUAGUUUGCUAAAAAGAUGACAGAACCUGUAAUUUACCUUCAAGUUGCUCCCUAUUAUUAUCUGAGUUUCUGCAAUCUUCUGCCAUAUUCAUAUACAGUACGUGCUCCUGUCUGUAACACGACCAAGCUCUCCGCAAGCUCGCGAUAUACUGUAUAAACCACAGGCAUUAUAGAAAAAAUGGCCCGGGGUUGAGGUCAAAAUACUCAACUUCGUCACCUACAUAUACACACAAAAAACAAGAACCUGAACAGAAAGCACGAUGUUAUAAAUAAUAAACAGCUAAUAUAAUUAAUAUAUAAAUCAAAGCAUUUUAAGUUGUUCCAGAUGUGUUUCAUUGUAGCGACAUUGUCUCUGCUGGUGCACUAAGUCGAAUCCUUUGUGUUUUUGCUCUCACGAUAAAAUGCCGGGUCUGAUAACUAAACGAUGCGUGUGGAAUUAGUGAGCAAGCAUACCGCAGUCAUGUGGACUGACCGACUGCCACCUGAGGGUGCACAUUAUUAAUCUGAGGGUGUUGGGCACCAUUGUAAAGCCGGGUCCGUCACGAUAUAUAUCAGGUGUCCUCUCAUUCCGGUAAAAACGCUUUAAUAUUUCAGCUUCUCCUCAAUACUUUAAGCUUUCUUUUUGUACUGACUGGUUAGCCUUUUCGAACCACGAGGCUUAGACCUGUUUUGUGGCGUUAAAUGAGUGUUUUUUUAAUUACUAUAAAAGUUAACAAACGAAGAAAAAUAGCAAAACAAACACUUGUUGGAUGACAUAUAUGCCGAACUGCAGUAACCGGCACAGCUGGGUAGUGUUUUCUGCGUUUAUCUUGCAUUUGUCUCAGGAGAAAUCGCACAUAAACAAACGCGAAUAUCGAUAUAUUGUGUAAUUGUUCGAUAAUAUAUCUAUUCUGUUAGAGCAAAAUCAUGUUUUCAAGACAUGUGUGAUAUAACGCACUGUAUAAACACAAAAACGCACAGAAAAAGCAACUAAAACAGAGAUUAAGAUGAAUAUAGUCCCCUUGGGUUGGACUAGUUAGGCUGGGGAGAAAAAUCCUCUGAGGAUCAAUGAUCCGGGAUGCCGGGGGAGAACAGUGGAGGACAUACAAUAUUCGGUAUUUUAGCUAAAUUCAGAUACGAUCUAUGAUUUUAAGUGGCUUCAAAUGAUUCUGAUGUGACUUAAGUUUGUUGUUUAAAUGAGCUUCAAAAAUUAAAAAUAUAUUUUUCAUUCGUUCAUCCAUCUUAUACAGAUUACUUAAUGCAGGGCUGCAGGGGCCCUGGAACCUGUCCCAGACAGCAAUUGAACAAUUUAUAAUGCUAAUUAGCCAAACUGCAUUUCUUUAGUAUGCAGGAGGAAACCGGAGUACUUAGAGGAAUCGACAAAACGCGGGAUAACGUGCAAAGAUACGAAAAGAGUGGGUUUCAAACAUUCAGCCCUAUAGAGGGUGCUACCCAUUGCCCAACCCUGUAAUCAAUACGAAAAUUAUGAUUUUUAAAUUUAAGUUUUUUUUGUCAUAUGCAUGAACCUACAUGGAAACCAGAAGUUCAAUUGCCGCUACUCUAGAUUGUGCAAUAAACAUGAUUAAUAAUUUAUUUUUCAAAUAAAAA